UUAGGGAGGAGCUCGGGUUUCUUUAGUGUUUCACCAUACACAACUUGCCUUCCUGAUAGAUUCAGACUUCACAAGGGUCUGUUAUACCUGAUACACACACACACACACACACAACAUCUAUUUCUCCUCUUUCUUAAGGUGCCGGGCUUCCUACACAGUCCAUCUGUUUUGUCCUUAUGGCGCUUGUGGAUUCCGUGCAGAUUGGAGAAAACAAAUUCAUCAGCAAGACUGACUUACUGUCACAUCUCAAAACCUACAACCUUUAUUUUGAGGAAACAUCGCUCCACCUGCGGCACAGAGAGGAAGAAGGAGAGCUGAUCAUUGAAGGUUUGCUUAACAUAUUUUGGGGGCUGCGGCGACCAAUCAGAUUUCAGAUGCAAGAUGGCAAAGAGCCAAUCGACUCUCCUCGUUUUCUUGCAUCCUUGAGCCGCUCUAGAACUGACGGCAACAAAGCAGAGGCAAAAAAACAGCACAACUUACAGGCUCCGCCCACAAUUCAGCUCACAGAGCCUGAGGAUGAAUCAAAUGAGAGGUGUAAUGAAGCUGCAGGAGAGAGAGGUGAAGGGGAGGACACAGCCCUGCAGAGAACCAGGAGCUGUGUGAGUGGCCGGAGUCUGGGUGGGCGGAGUCUGGGUGUGAGGGUAGAUGACAGCAACCAGCGGAAAAUCAAAAGACACCGAUGUUCCUUCAACGGUCAUUUCUAUAACCGCACGACUGCAGUUUUCACCCCAGCAUUCGGUUCAGUCACUAACGUCCGCAUCAACAGCUCCAUGACGACGUCGCAGGUCCUCCGUGUGGUGCUGAACAAGUUCAAGAUCGAGAACAGUCCCGACGAGUUCGCCCUCUUCUUCUUACACACCAGCGGAGAGCGUGUGCAGCUGAAAAAGAACGAUCAUCCGCUGACCAUCCGUAUCCUACGUGGCCCGUGUGAACAGAUCAGUAAAAUCUUUCUCAUGGAGCCAGACCAGGUGGAGGAGGUCACCUAUGAUGUAGCGCAGUAUAUCAAACUGGAGAUGCCUGUGCUACAGAGCUUCAUUGUCAAACUGAAGGAGGAAGAGAACAGAGAGAUGGAGAAGCUCAAGCAGAAGUACCGUGAAAUGCAGCGUCUGAUUCACAUGCACAUGCAACGUUUGUCCGAGAAAGCUUUUAGUUAGUAGAUGUUUCCCUCUCUCUCUCUCUCUCUCUCUCUCUCUCUCUCUCAGGGUUUUAAUAUUUUAAUACCACUCCAAGAAAUAAUAACUGCUCACCAAAACAUUGUUCAAAUAAAAUGCAAUGCAACAACCUAA